UAUAUGGAUAUAUUAAAACUAGAAAACAUUGGAAUUGUAGAAAAAUAAAAAAAUGACGAGCACUUUAUUAAUAUUCGGUGCCUUUGCUGUGUUUAUAACCACUGUAUUCUGCAACAACACGUCUCAAACCAAUGUUAUUGUUCAGUGGAGUACAGACGUGAAUGAAAGCUCAAUUGUGGGCUCCCUUACAGACACUGUUAAAAAAUCCAGCCGUUCAAAUAUAGAAAACGCUGUAGUUCUAACAAGAGAACAAGAAAAUGAAAUUGUCAAAAGACAUAACCACCUAAGAACUAUCGUUCGACCAACUGCUAAAAAAAUGAGAAAGAUGACUUGGGAUGAUGAAUUAGCUACCAUUGCAACUAGAUAUUCAAGAAAAUGCAUUUAUGAGCAUAACAAGCAACGAAAACAUUCGAGAUUUGAAUACAUUGGAGAAAACCUUUAUAUAUCUACCGGAAUACUAAUGGACACAAAUCUUGUGACAAACGCGGUAUCGGCGUGGGACAAUGAAAAAGUGGAUUAUGAUUAUGAAUCGCGAACAUGUAAACCAGGAAAAAAGUGUGGUCAUUACACACAGACUGCUUGGGACGAUACAUUUAAAGUAGGUUGUGGUGUUACAAUUUGUAAAAAAGUUGAAGUGAAUGGAAGGAUUUGGAAAAGCGCAACUCUUUUUAAUUGCAAUUAUGGCCCCGGUGGAAAUUACCCCAGGCAUCCUUUUGCUGCUGGACGUUCGUGCACUGAUUGUGAUAAAGGCGAUGUAUGUGAAGAUAAUCUAUGUACAAACACGAUUAGAGAUCAAGACAGCGAUGGAUCUAGUGCUUCCUGGAAUGAAUGGUCUCCAUGGUCAACAUGUUCCAAAACCUGCAUUGGUGGUAUGGCGACAAGAGAGCGGACUUGCAAUACGUUUGUUGCGGGAGAUUGUGAAGGAGCUGCAAGAGAAAUGACUUAUUCGUGCUCUCAAAAUUUAUGCGGGUUAGGACCAAAAUGGCCAAGCGGAAAUGACGAUCAGUUUUUGCCUUGGGGAGGAUGGAGUGAAUGCUCUACAACUUGCGGUGUCGGAUUAAUGGUAAGAACCAGAAAAUGCAAAAACCCAAGAUCCUGUAAUGGUAUAAACAAGCUCUCACAAACUUGCCACCAAGAAUGUCCUGCUCCGGAAAGAGGAUGGACGCAAUGGGGUCGUUGGCAAGAUUGUUCUGUUACUUGCGGAAGAGGAGUUCAAAAGAAGAAAAGAUCUUGUAGCGCAGGAUCCCGGUGUCCAGGAAGAAAAGAACAAACGAGAUCAUGUGCUCCGGGUCCUUGUGAAACUGUUGCCAGAUGGUCUGAUUGGUCAGAAUGGAGUGUCUGUUCUAAGACAUGUGGUGGAGGAUCAACAACAAAAACUAGAAGAUGCUUAACUGGAAGAAAUUGUGAAGGAGCAACUGAAACAACGGAUGUAUGCAACACCAACAGAUGCCCGGGUGUUUUUUCAUCCUGGAGCAAAUGGUCCGAUUGCUCAAAAACAUGUGGAUCUGGAAUUAUGACCAGGUCUCGAUCUUGCAUUGGGGGAAGAGAUUGUCGAGGUCCUAGAAAUGAGGGACAAAGGUGCAACGUUGAAAGUUGUCCAAUCUAUGGCAAAUGGUCGUCUUGGGGUCCUUGUGACGUCACCUGUGGAUCUGGCAAUCGAAUACGAACAAGGGUGUGUAGCUCGUCAAACGAUGACGAUUGUGACGGGGAAAACACUGACGCUAUGAUUUGUUCUACACCGACAUGUACAACAUCGGGUUGGAGUCCUUGGUCACCCUGGGGAAAAUGCAGUGUAUCGUGUGGUGGAGGACAGAAGACAAGUACCAGAAUAUGUAAUGUUGGAAACUCGGGGCCAAAAUCUUGUAUUGGAGAUACCAAUCGGAUUAGAUCGUGUAGGAUGCAAAAAUGCCCAGAACUUUCAAACUGGUCGAGUUGGUCCAGUUGUGAUGCAACGUGUGAUGAAGGUACAAAGUCUCGUUCUAGAAUAUGCGAGAACGGUCCAGGUUGUGUUGGAGGCACGGUGGAUACCAUAAUUUGCAAGAUGACGGAGUGCACGAAAUCAAGGUGGGAUAAAUGGACUGAAUGGACUUCUUGUUCAACAACUUGUGGCGAAGGAAGUAAAUCGAGAAAAAGAGUGUGUAUAACUGGUAAUGAAGGACCUCCAUGUGUUGGUGAAAAUAAUGCUGUAACAAGAUGUGAAUUAAAACAAUGCCAAGAUAAAACAAACGAAAAGGACCCUGCCAACGAACGUGGAAAAGACAGCUCCUCGGCUGGACAAGAUGAAAAGGGAGACGGCGGGGCUUGUGGAGUAUUGCCUUCAAAGAUACAAAUUAUGCUUUUUUCCACUAUCACAUUCCUUUUGUAUUCAUCAUUUGGAUAGGCCAUGAGACGGAACUGUAUGAGAUCUGUGGCACAAGGUUAUUUAGAUAAGAUGAAGAGUCGAGAGAUUAUAGCUGCGAAUAACAGAAUUAGAUUACCAGUUGUAAAAAAUUGAUUGAACUUUUACUGAAGAGUCAUUUUUAAAACUGCGUAAAGCUAGGUAUCAAUUAUUAGUAAUAGCUGGCAAGUCUUUCCAGUAAUGGAAUGAAUAGUAAGUCAAUCCAGACAACCAUGACUGAGCUGCAAACAAAAAUUAAAACAUUUCGUUAAUAUAGUGAAACUGUUUUUGUUUAUGUUAGGGAAAAAAACUAUAAAAUCACCAGCUUAUCUGCUAUCGUUUAUUUAUUUUUUCAUUAUGCAGUAUAGUUAAUUUUCCUCAAAACUAGUAUUGUGCGAUAAUUGCAUCUCAUUUAUUUAAUUACGUGUCAUCGAUACUGCAUUUCAUAAUUAUUGAGAUUUAAACAUGUUCACUGUAAAUAUUUUUAUUCUUCAAAGUACUAUUUGCAACUUUUCUUCAUUAUUUAACUGAUGACAAUCACAUUGCAAUGAUAAAUUUAUUCCUUUAUUUCACUCAGCUAAAAAGUCUGUCUGUCAAACUUUUGAAUUUUGGGGGGAUGGAACAGGGCAGAAACGUAUACUACAGAUUCUAUGCUAAGAAAAAUUUCCUUGCAUGAAUACGAAUAAUAAACGGGAUCUUGACGGA